CUUUAGCAAGCCAUUAUGCAAUGGGAGAAGUUAAAGCCUCCAGAGCCAGAUGAUCCUAUGUGUUGCUGUGAGUGUGAUUUGGACCAGUACGGAUGUUGCUGUGACUGUGAAGAUCUGGAUGAAGCCUUUACCAGGUGGCUGAAAGACAGACCAUCGAAAGGGGGGUCAUGUCAGUCUCCUGUACUUGGGGCUAUUAUAGACAGAAUGGAGAUCUCCCUGAUCCCAGCCCUGCUGCUGCUCCCUCUCGUGCUGCGGGUUGCAGCGCUGCACUACCUGCUGGGUAUCACCAUCCUGACCGCUCUGCCUGGCAUGGUGCUGUGGUACUACUACGCCACGCACAGAAAGAAGAAACGCACCCUCUUCUUCCUCACCCUUUCUCUCUACUCCCUGUUCUACAUGUAUUACCUCUUCAUCACAGAGAUUUUACCUCGUGGGGACGUCAGCCAGCUGCAGAUGUGUACUGUCACCACGGGGGUGAUUCUCACUCUUGUCUCUCUUAUACAAACCAAGAGAGGCCCGGGGUUUGUGACCCCGUCCCUACAUGUAUCUCACAGCCACAGUCAGGAGGCUGACAAGGACUCCUCACAUCUUAAUGGAUGUAUCCAAUCAGCAGCUGCAACAGGGACAGAAAAUGCCCUAACAACAAAAUGGAGAAGCUGUCCUGUGUGCAAAAUAAUGCGACCCCCACGAGCCGGACACUGUCGAACCUGUGGAUCCUGUGUCCAGCGUCUGGACCACCACUGUGUCUGGAUUAACAGCUGUGUUGGACAGGCAAACCAUCGCAGUUUCCUGCUGAGCCUCUCUGUGUUCGUGGUCACCUCUCUGUAUGGGAUCAGUCUGGUGCUCAGCAGCCUCUGUCCUCGCCAAUACCUGAUGACGGCGCUCCUCUACUGCCCCGGGGUCUACACCCAGUCCAGUUCGGCACUUUGCUUCACCUGUGCUUGGUACAGCAGCAUUGUCACAGGUGGGUUGUUUUACAUGUGGCUGGUGCAAGUUGUGAAUAUCAGCCUGAAUGUGACAGAGCGGGAGGCUCAGCUGGCUCUGAGGAACAACACAGGCCAGCGGCGCCUCUGGGGGCUCGUCAUCUCCACGGGACAGUACUCGCGCGGCUUCUGUCAGAACUGGGCCGAGUUCCUCACUAUGGUGGAAGCCUCGGUGGCAGGGAAGUGGUACCUGAUUGGAUUUGCCACAAAUGCCCAGUGGUUUGUCAACCGCAAAGCCGGCAUGAAGAUGGGCACCGCCAUGUUGACCCCGACUGCUGAUGGGGACCUGGAGAUGUCCUACGCCAGUCUGAGCUCUGAUGGCUCCUGUUGGAGAAUGUACAACCUGGCAAAGAAGACCAACGUGCCCGGGAAGUUCACAUACACAAGUGACCGCUGGGGCAGUGAGAACGACAUGUCGAUGGUGGAUGUGAAGUAUGACGAGUACGCCCUGAUUCACACCGUGAAGACCAAAGGGAGUGAUCCCACCGUUGUCACCAAACUAUAUGGCCGCGGGGUGGAGCUCAGCGCUGACCUGCUGGAGAAGUUCAGGCAGUUCUCCUUGGGGACUGGGGUCCUCCCGGAAAAUGUCGCUUUCCUUCCCAGAAAUGCGGAGUGCCCAGCUGCUUAACUUCCUGCUGUCAACAAGCUGUCUGAAGACUUCAUGAAUAUUCUAUCGCCGUUUAACGCCAGUACUCAUUUCAUUUUGUUUACACUGCUCUUUCAGAGGUUGAGUUAAGAAAGUAAUGCCACUAAACAUAUAAAGCCUGGUUUCAAUAUAAUACACUUUGCUUUUAUUCAGCAGUUGUACUCUUUACAGACGUACUUCAGACAUGUUUGAGACAUUAAAUGUUCUGUUCUGAA